UAGUGGUAUGUAUAGCCAAAAUAGGUUGGAUAUCCCGUGAUGGGCACCAAUGUCAAUUGAGUUUGAAAGGUCUAAAGAUGCGCUUUGGUACCGCUUUGUUCUUGGGACUGGGCCUUUGCCUUCUGCUGCUCCUUCAUGGCAGUUCUUCGGAACCAAAUAAAAAAAAAAAAAUUCGGCAUAGGGCCGCAAGGACUUGGUCGCAUUCACUUGCCAACCCGUUCGUGCCCAUUGAAUACUUUUCAGAGCCUAAAACAUCGCAGGCGCAUUAUCGAUCUUUAUUGGGCAAUAACACUGUCCUUGACUAUGAAAUGUUUUGGUCUCAAGAAAGAACCCUACUUGCACACGAACAUCUAAAACUGCUAAGUAUCAGCGAUCCAGGCGCUAUAUUCUUCAAAAAGUGCAUUGAUAUAUUCAAGCAGACUGAUUUAGUAGCCUAUAUCGUAAAGGGAGUACUGGAUGAGCUCACAAAACGGCUUGAACAGCACUGCGCUGACAAAGGACUUCAUCCACUCUCUCCGAAAAUAGUCGCUGGCAGUCUUUAUUGCAAUAGUAAUAUGCACGAUACCAUGGACAUGCUGCUCGACCUUCUGUUAGAUCAGGUGGAACGGAAUUGUGAAGCCAUACCCGGAUACCAUGGUAUUUUUAUGUUUAGCAGAUAAACAAACAUUUAAGAUGAGCUAUGCUCGAAUUUGGAGCAGAAUUUGAAGCAUGUGGUUUCAGAGUGUCAGAGGAACGCCUUGAAGAAAUAUACGAGUUCCCUGGAAACAAUUUUUCCCUGGUCAAAUUUAAUAAUUACACGCAAGCAAAUAAAGCUCUCUUCCAUUACCCAUAA